AUGGCAGACCCUCCCAGCCCUCAUGCAAUAAUUCCUUACCUGCCCAUUUUGUUGUAUGCACUCGCCGUUGUUGGAAUGGCAGCAACUCUGCUUGCACUCUACAAUCUCACCAUCCUCAGAUGUUGUGGAGAUGCGGUAGAACUUGCGAUGCCCCGCCCGGGGCUUGCCUCAGCCCGGACUUUACGUAUCUUGAAUACAGGCUUAGGUUCCAGCUUCAAGUACAAGAAAGAUGGAGCAGCACAUGAUGACGGCAAUGAUUGUAAUGAAUGUGCAGUCUGUUUAUCAGUGUUUGAAGAAGGUGAAGAAGUGAGGCAGCUGCCCAAGUGCAAGCACUACUUCCAUGCACCUUGUAUUGAUAUGUGGCUCUAUUCCCACAUGGACUGUCCUGUCUGUCGUUCAAAGGUGGAGCCACUGGUUCUCCGACGGUGUGAAGUCACCGAGCAGAUGGAGAACUCUAGUUUAGUUUAG